UUUUUAUUUUAUUAAAAAAUUUUCUAGGUUAGGUCUCGUAAGACUAAAAUGUGAUGCAACUGAUAUGGCUAUUCAAGCAUUUAGUGAAUCGAUUCAACAAGACAAUCGUUGUUGGCCUGCUUGGGAAUGCCUUUCGAGUUUGGUGGAUGGAUUUUAUGUGGUUAAAAUAGAAAAAGAAGUUUAUAGCAAAACUUGGCUUUACAAUUUAUUUGUCGCUGAAACAAUGUCACGUCUUUUACUUUUUGUUUGUGCAAUAGAAGCAUAUACAGACGUUUCUAAAUAUUUGGGUGCUUCUCCCUACAUUCUUUGUCAAAUAGCUACAGCACAAUCAGAAUUGCAAGAACACGAUGGGGCAAUUAGUUCUUUUCAAAAAAUUAGAAAAUCUGAUCCUUAUAGAAUUGAACAGAUGCAUUUCUAUUCCGAUUCGUUGUAUAUUCGACAAAACUUUACAGAACUUGCCUUAUUAGCAAAAUGGUUUUUUGUCAGUCAUAAAUUUAAUUGGGAAACUUGUUGCAUUGUUGCCAAUUACUACAGCGCAAAAAACAUUCACGAACAAGCUCAGGAAUUUUUGAAGCGUUCAAUAAUGUUAUGUCCGAAAAAUGCCUCUCUUUGGGUUUUAUUAGGCCACGAAUAUUUGGAAACAAAAAAUCAUCAAUCAGCGACUUCAUCUUACAAGAAAGCUACAUUAAUCGACAAAAAUUGUUAUAGAGCUUGGUAUGGAUUAGGCCAAUUACACGAAAUUAUGAAACAACCAUCAAAUGCUUUAUUUUAUUAUAAAAAAGCACAUAAAUGUCGUCCAGAUGAUUCUCGAAUGUUAAUAGCCCUUGGAGUUAUGUUCUCUAAAUUGGAUAGAAAAUCUGAUGCUGAAAAAUGUUUUAAAAAAGCUUUUCAAAUUGGGGAUGUUGAGGGAAAUGCAUUAAUUCAUUUGGCAAAGCUUUAUGAGGAUCAAAAUGAUAAGAGAAAUGCAGCAAAAGCUUAUGAGGCCUAUUUGACAUUGUACACUGAGGAAUUGGUUGGUGACUUAAGUCUAAUCGCAACUUCUUGUCGAUUCCUAGCUAGCUACUAUUUGGAACAAGCAAAUCUUGAUACUUCUUAUGAUUAUGCACAGAGAUGCCUUGAUUAUGAUAUUUCAAAGGAGGAAGGUUACCGAAUUUUGCAAUUAAUUAAAAGUAAAAGGAAGGAAACCCAAGAUAAAUUGGCUAAAGGAUCUUAUAGUUCAACACCACAGACGCAAUGCAAUUCUAGUACAAAUUACAGAACACCUUCUGAUGCACCUAGACCUAUUGGAGGAGGAGAUGAGUUAGUUUGUUUUUUGAGGGGUUUUUAUUGGGUUUCUUAA